AUGCCCUUUCAAAUUGAAAGGGGGGUGUGGUGGCACAAUGUUCCACAAAGACCCUCUCAAGUCCAAGCUGUCAGAACCCCAGGGCCUGGACCUUCUGUCUCUCGUUUAAGCGUCACCAAUCUUGGGGUUCCUUCUCCCAGAAGAAGUCAGCCCACACCAUUUAAACCUCCAGCUCAUUCUGCACCCAAGGUAGACCGAAGUACCAAGCCAGAGUGGUUGAAGGACAGUCUAUGUAAAGACCUCCAAUACCCCAGCUACCCCUCACUGUCAGAAACAAAACCUGGUGGCACUGUUAAAGACCUCGAUCCCUCAUGGUACCUUGGUCAAGUGACCCGAGGGUAUGCAGAGAGCUAUCUGAGAAGGGUCAGAAAGGAUGGUGCCUUCCUGGUACGGGACAGUUCAACGUCUUCACCCACCCAGCCCUACACCCUUAUGGUGCUGUACCAAGAUAAGGUGUACAAUAUCCAGAUCCGUUAUAAUAGUGACCAAAGAACCUUCUCUUUGGGCACAGGCCUCAACACCAUCGAGAACUUCAGAAAUGUGGGGACCAUCAUCCAGCACCAUAUGCAAAUCCCACUAAAUUUGAUUGAUGCAAAUUACCAUGAACCCCGGAGGCACUGUCCACUGUUGUACCCUGCAGUGUUGCAGUAGUAACCCUUUCAAGUCCCUGCUGGUUUAGGUCAAAGCUUCAGCUCAUCAGUAUCUUCAGCAAUUUGUGACAUUUCCUUGCUGUGUGGCCAGGUUUAUGAAUAUUGUGCAAAGCCGUGAUUAUUUUUUGAGGAAGUUCGCUAUUAACUGUUGAGGUAUCACAUAGCCUUUUUGAGUACAAGGAAAGGCC